UUUUCCAUCUUAAUUUAUUGCAUCUGCAAUUUGAUCCCAAUUAGCAUCCCUCCUUCCUCUGUUGUCUUCUUCGCGCCUCUGCUGCACUCAAUCCCUCCCUUCUCCUUCUUACAACUUAAAUCCUUCCAAUUUCAACCACAUUUUUCUGUGUGAUUUUACCCAACAUCAACCCAAACCCAAAAUUUGUAUUUUACUUUGCCUUUUGCCCUCCCCUGUAUUCCUUCGAGUGAGCUCUUAUGUAUCAGCUAGAGUCGAGGAUUCACUCAGCAAUCUCUGAACUUUUUUGCGAGUAAGGUAUCCAUGCAACUUAGAUUCUUGAAAGGAAUUUCAUGGGGUUUAUUAUAAUGCGAGAAAGUACGGGCUGUGGAGCUUUAUAUUUGAAGUUGCAAGGUUUCAGCCAUUGGAAUAACUCAGGCGAGGUCGAAGAACGGGUGGUCGAGGAGAAAGAAAGAGACCCUUUUCGAUCAAGUCGUGUUUAUGGUGUUGAUAUGAUUAAACACCGAUCUUUGUUGUCAAAUUCCGGUAUGCCUUAAAAUCAACUCUAUGAAACAUUUGUGGGAUUUUGUGGGAAUGCUCUAUAGUGGUCUGGAGAUAUGUUAUAGCUCUGUGUAGAUUUCAAUGCGAUUUUAAGGUCCCGUUUAAUAACCAUGGUUACACUACUUUAAUCUAUGAGUUUACCUAGGCUUUCUAAUCCAAGCCAAGUUUUGAAAACUUGAAAACAAGUAAUUUUUAAAAACUGGAAAAAAAAGUAGUUUUUAAAAACUGUUUGUGUAUUGGACUUUCACUAGGAAUUCAAAGGUUUCCUUAUUAAAAUGGAAACCAUGGUAAAGAAAUUGCUUACGAGAAACUAAUUACAAUUUCACUAGAAAUUCAAAGGUUUCCUUAUUAAAAUGGAAACAGUGGUAAAAAAAUUGCUUACGAGAAACUAGUUACAAUUUUACUCGGAAUUUUAGUUCGUGCAUCAUUAAAGAGUUUUCAGUUUGCCCUUUGUUAGUCUUUUGUUGUUUGGUGGUCAUUCGUAGCUUUGUAGUAGCUUUUGUUUUUUUUUCAGAGUGAAGGAGGCUUGUAGGUUGAAGUGGCAUUAACUUUCUUAUAAACAACAUUCUUAAAAACGGGGCAUUGGAUAUGCAUCAGACUUUUUUUUUUUUGGUCUAUUACUUGGUUUUAGGAUACAAAUUUGGUGAACAAGACCCCACUACAUAAAGAACUAUCAGUCUCGGUAUGAGAUUUUUGCUAUGUAAAUGGCGACGGGUUUCUUUGUUCAGGCCUUCAUUCCAAACUUGUUGUUCUCUGUAUUCAGCGACUACAACUGCUCCCAAGUAUUACUUGGAUGGAGUUGAAAAUGAGAAAAGGGAGAUCGAUUUCAACCGACUGUUCCUUUUCUGCACAAAAGUACACCAUGCCCAGCGACUCCAUGCACUACUUGUGGUGUCUGGGAAGGCCCAGAACAUCUUUCUUUCUGCUAAACUCGUCAAUCUCUAUGCUUUUCUUGGUGACAUAUCAUUUGCUUGCCAUACUUUUGACCAAAUUCAGACAAAAGAUGUCUACACAUGGAAUUCCAUGAUAUCUGCAUAUGCUCGAAUCGGUCGCUUCCAUGAAGCUGUAGAUUGUUUCUACAAAUUUUUGUCAACUUCCAUCCUUCAGCCUGAUUAUUACACAUUUCCACCUGUUAUAAGGGCAUGUGGAAAACUAGAUGAUGGGAAGAAGAUACAUUGCUUGGUUCUAAAAUUGGGUUUUGAAUGUGAUGUAUUUAUUGCGGCUUCUUUAGUCCAUUUUUAUUCUAGGUUUGGCUUUGUCAGUUUAGCUCGUAACUUGUUUGAUAACAUGAUGAUUCGAGAUAUUGGUACUUGGAAUGCGAUGAUUUCAGGGUUUUAUCUUAAUGGUAAAGUUGUAGAAGCAUUAGAAGUCUUUGAUGAGAUGCGAUUCAAGAGUGUAACUAUGGAUUCUGUAACAAUCUCAACUUUACUUCCUAUUUGUGCACAGUUGGAUGAUAUAAUAAGCGGCGUCCUAAUUCAUGUCUAUGCCAUCAAGCUCGGGUUGGAAUUUGACUUGUUUGUACGUAAUGCAUUGAUAAACAUGUAUGCCAAAUUUGGUGAAUUGAGGAGUGCGGAAACCAUUUUCAAUCAAAUGGAAGUUAGGGAUAUUGUAUCUUGGAACUCUUUGAUUGCUGCAUUUGAGCAGAAUAAAGAACCAGUGGUAGCUCUUGGGGUGUAUAAUAAGAUGCAUUCUAUCGGGGUUGUACCCGACUUAUUGACACUUGUGAGUUUGGCUUCUGUUGCUGCUGAACUUGGCAAUUUUUUAAGUAGUAGGUCUAUUCAUGGAUUUGUUACAAGGAGAGGUUGGUUUCUACAUGAUGUUGUCAUUGGUAAUGCAAUUAUAGACAUGUAUGCAAAGUUGGGUUUUAUAGAUUCAGCACGAAAAGUUUUUGAAGGACUUCCCGUCAAAGAUGUGGUCUCAUGGAAUACUUUGAUAACAGGAUAUUCUCAAAAUGGGUUAGCAAACAAGGCAAUCGAUGUGUAUCAUUCGAUGAAAGAUUAUAGCGAUGCAGUUCCUAACCAAGGCACUUGGGUGAGCAUUCUUACAGCACACUCCCAGAUAGGAGCCUUAAAACAAGGGAUGAAAACACAUGGUCAGCUGAUAAAAUUUUUUCUCUACUUUGACAUCUUUGUAGGUACUUGUCUUAUUGAUAUGUAUGGAAAAUGUGGAAGAUUAGCUGAUGCACUGUCUUUAUUUUAUGAAGUACCACAUAAAAGUUCGGUUUCUUGGAAUGCUAUCAUAUCUUGUCACGGACUCCAUGGAUACGGUUUAAAAGCUGUAGAGUUAUUUAGGGAAAUGCAAAGUGAAGGAGUGAAGCCAGACCAUAUCACUUUUGUAUCUUUGUUAUCUGCUUGUAGCCAUUCAGGUUUGGUUGAUGAGGGUCAGUGGUGCUUCCAAUUGAUGGAAAAGACUCAUGGGAUAAAGCCUGGCUUGAAGCAUUAUGGUUGCAUGGUAGAUUUGUUCGGUAGGGCUGGCGAUCUCGAAAAAGCUUAUAAUUUUGUAAAAAAUAUGCCGAUACGACCUGAUGCUUCUGUGUGGGGUGCACUUCUUGGUGCUUGUAGGAUACAUGAGAAUGUGGAGUUGGUCAGAACUAUCUCAGAUCAUUUGUUGGAGGUUGAAUCAGAAAAUGUUGGCUACUACGUUUUGUUAUCGAAUAUUUAUGCUAAACACGGCCAGUGGGAAGGAGUCAAUGAAGUGCGAUCGUUAGCUCGAGACAGGGGAUUGAAGAAGACUCCUGGGUGGAGUUCAAUUGAAGUAGAUAAGAAAAUUGAUGUCUUUUACACUGGCAAUCAAACACAUCCAAAAUGUGAGGAGAUAUACAAUGAAUUGAGGAAUCUAACUGCUAAAAUGAAGGGUCUUGGUUAUGUUCCAGACUAUAAUUUUGUGUUGCAGGAUGUGGAGGAUGAUGAAAAAGAAAACAUUCUUACAAGCCAUAGUGAGCGAUUAGCGAUGGCAUUUGGGAUUAUCAGUACGCCGCCAAAAACAACUCUUCAGAUCUUCAAAAACUUGCGGGUUUGUGGAGACUGCCAUAACGCUACUAAGUUCAUAUCUAAAAUUACUGAAAGAGAGAUCAUUGUAAGAGAUUCGAACCGAUUUCAUCAUUUCAAAGAUGGAGUUUGUUCCUGUGGUGAUUAUUGGUGACAUUUUCAGAAAGAACAUACAAUAUACAAGAUUCAGUUUAUUCAUUUUUAUGUUAGGGAAACAUGUAUGGGCACAUAGAGCAAAGUUUUGCUUUCAAGUUUUGGCAACUUGUAUUUGAGGUGAUCCAGUUCUAAGUUCUAACACAAUUUACUUCAGUGUUCUAUAAUUUAAAGUGAAUAUUAGGAGUCCAAUUGUCACUCAGGUUAUUUUCUUUGUAUUCCUCCUCCAUUCACUAUGUAUUUUUGGUAAAAAUGGAAAUGCUGUAAAGAAAAUGGAAAUGAUUGGGUGAAGAUGAUGUUUCAAUUCUGCAU